GAGUUACGUAGGACGAAGGACGAAGGAUUGACUCACGUGAAACCGAUAUUAAUACUUUUGUACCGGCCCAUCCUGCAAAGGAGGUUGUCGAGCCCCAAUAUUUUCAACCACUACUGCUUUCAGCUCUAUAUUAGCUCGUUAACCUCCAAUGCUUCAAGCUUCCUUCCGGGGAAUCUUUACCAACCAACGUCUCAUUUCACUACGGAAGGCGUCGAGUCUAUCUGCUGCUCGGGGGCGUCGAGCUCCCAUAGAUGUUCAUCCUGAGGUAGAGGAUGCAUUGGCUACUGGAAAGCCUGUAGUCGCCCUCGAAUCGACCAUCAUUACCCAUGGAAUGCCAUAUCCAACUUCAUUGGAGAUGGCCCAAUCAGUCGAGAGGAUAGUCAGGUCCACAGGGAGUAUACCAGCUACCAUUGCUGUUAUUGGAGGACGCAUCAAGAUUGGACUUCAUACAGCAGAACUGGAACGUCUUGCAGACCAACAAUCAAACCCAACCGCCGUGAAGUUGUCCAGGCGGGAUAUUGCGGCUGCAAUUGCUCUGAAGAAGGAUGGCGGGACUACGUGUUGCUCCACCCUCAUCUUUGCUGCACUGGCUGGUAUCAAGGUCUUUGCCACUGGAGGGCUCGGUGGAGUGCAUCGCGGCGGGGAGAAUACAAUGGAUGUUUCAGCUGAUCUACAUGAACUCACACGUUGUCCAGUUGGACUGGUUUCAGCUGGAGUGAAAUCCAUUUUAGAUAUAAGGCGAACCCUCGAGUAUCUGGUGUGGCUGCUAAAAAUGUUCGAAGAAUUUAGCUCUAAUUCGUUCACACAGGAAACGCUUGGUGUACCAGUAGUAUCUUAUGCAGAAACGCACGAUUUCCCGGCUUUCUACAGUGGUCGAAGCGGUUUUGAGUCACCUUGGAGGAUAAAUGAUCCUAGAACAGCCGCUCAGAUUCUACAUACUCAUUGGCAACUGGGCAUGUCUAAUGGUGCCCUUUUUGCUGUUCCUAUCCCUGUUGAAUAUGAGGCCGUGGGAUCAGCCCUUCAAGAGGCAGUCGAACAAGCUGUUCGCGAAUCAGAAGAACAAAAUAUCAGUAAUCUGGGGAAGGCCGUCACUCCUUGGCUUCUUAACAGGGUUGGCGAGUUAACACAAGGAAAAUCACUUGCUAGCAACAUAGCCCUUGUCGAGAAUACUGCGCUCGUCGGAGGUCAAAUUGCAGUAGAAUACGCGAAAAUUGCUGGAGACAGAUAUGACCAGGAUCAAUGCUAUCCUGUGACAGGAAUACGGGGAAAACCCGAUGAGCCUCACAGUGCAUCUGAUGUCGCCUCAUCAGAGACUACUGAUGAUCUCAAAGGGCAACCACUACCGAACGCUUCGUUGGUCGUAGUUGGUUGUGCUGCAGUAGAUAUUACAUCACAACCUCUUACAGAUUCGGACCUUGGACACCAGUCCACGUUUCCUGGGAAGGUUUCCAUGUCACUUGGAGGUGUUGGCCGCAAUAUUGCUGAGGCUGCUCACCGAGUCCUUUCGUCACAUAGUGACGAGUCCUCGGCCGCAACUUUGCUAGUGUCUUUAGUCGGCGAUGAUUCUUUCGGGAGACUGUUAAGUGAGGAGACACGAAUGCUAGGGAUGAGAACAGAUGGUCUUAUUCCCGUGCGGGGAGGUAGGUCGUCCGUGUGCAGCCUACUUCUGGAGAGAUCGGGAGGAUUGAGGGCAGGCGUGGCUGACAUGGAUCUCGUUCGGAAUAUGGAUGGACAUGUGGCACGUGAAUUUAUAUUGGCACACAAACCAAAACUACUUGCAGUGGAUGGGAACUUAUCAUCUGAUACACUGAAGGUAGUAGUGAACGAAUGUUCUCGAAAUGGGGUUGAUGUUUUUUUGUUCGUCCACAUUCAUGUUACUAUCAAAGGAGCUGCUAAUAACACUUCAAAAUUUAGUGAACCAACUUCUGUCGUCAAGUCAGCUUCGAUUCUUCCCGCUAUAGCCGGCAAUCUCGACCAGCUUGCAUGGUCACCCAUUACUUUUGCAUCUCCUAAUCUGCUCGAGCUUGCUCAUUUGUAUCAACAAGCACAACUUCUGAACCUCACUUCUCAUGACCGAUGGUGGCAGGUUCUGGACAGCCUCGGACUUGGUUCGAAGUUCCGCACAGACCUCGAUCUGCUUUCUCGAAGAGAAGCAUCAAGUCACGAUACUUCACGAGGAAACCUAGCCUUCCUUGUUGAAAAGGGUGUUGCCCAAAUGGCAAUCAAUCUCCUACCGUUUUUUCGGCACCUCAUCAUCAAGUGCGGUGACUUGGGAGUCGUUGUCGUAAUGCGUUUCACGGGAGAUGACGCGGCUGAAUCAUCGUGGUCGACGGAGUCGACUAACCAUCAUAGGCGCUAUGUGGUGUCCCACUCGCCUACGUCGGGUGAUAUUGUGGUUUUGCAGCAUUUUCCUGCAAUGAAACUCCCAAGCGAUGCAUUGGUCAACACAACAGGUGCAGGAGAUUCGUUGGUUGGAGCUUUGCUGGCCGCAUUGGUGCAGUCUCCGAAGGCGUUCCACUCCACAAUAAGCCUACAACGUACGAUAGACAUCGCUCAGCAUGCAGCCCUGCUGAGUUUGCAGAGCCCGCUUGCUGUUUCGCCACUGCUAUCAUCCUUGCACGGAGAACUUUCCCGUCAAUGAUAAUAAUGACACCGUGCCUCAUGGACCAUGGUCCACCAACGGUCCUACCUGAACUGUCUCCCGCUCCUUCCUUCGUCUCUCCUUCUCUGCUAGUUGGGAUGCUUUCUUCGUUUCCCUCGCUUUCUUCUCAUAAUGGGCCUUCUCAAGAGUAUAAGCACAAGCUGAAAUAUACAUAUGAACCAUACCUUGGCUCCAUGUUUCAAACGAGUGAUAAUGUUGGCUGCCUCGCCCUUGGUUAUGCUCUGCAAG